GAUAACUCGCAAACCCAUCAAAACAAAAAAAAAAAUGCCAUCAGGCAAACCUUCUUCUUCUGUCUUCUCUUUACAUCCCAAACCAACACCAUUAAAACCUUCAAGCAGCACCACCAGCAACAACAACACCACAAACCAAGCAUGCGCGGCUUGCAAAUACCAACGUAGAAAAUGUGCUCCUGAUUGUCUUCUCGCUCCCUACUUCCCUCACGACCGUCACCGCCAAUUCCUCAAUGCUCAUAAGCUCUUCGGUGUAAGCAACAUCACCAAGAUCAUCAAAGACCUUAGCCCUCCUGAUAAAGACGCGGCUAUGUAUACAAUCAUGUUUCAGUCCGAUGCUCGUGCGAAUGAUCCCAUCGAAGGAUGUUAUAGCAUCAUUAGAAAGCUUCAGUACCAGAUAGAGUACUCAAAAAACGAGUUGGACAUGGUUAUUCAGCAAUUGGCUGUGUUCCGUAAUCAUCAUCAAGAACCGCAUAUUCAGAUUCAAGAACCUGAGGAUCUCUCGAGUUUUUCGAGUUCUUGUGAUCUAAACAACAACAACUCGAUUACUUACAACUACCCUCUUCAUCAUGUCCAAGAACCAGUUCAACAGCAACAAGAACAACAAUAUUGUGCUUCUGGAAACUUUAAUGGGUUACAAGAAGACAUGUGGUGCCUUCAACUUCAAGAUUCAUCAACGACGGUGAAUAUGAAGGGUGGCUUCAUUGAUGAAUGUGAGGACGUUAAGCCUGUGGAAGAGGUUUCUAGUGAAACACACGAGUUCGAGCAUCAUCAUGAUGGUUUCGUUGAAGAACCAUACAUUAUUUCUUCUUAGCUUUUCCUUUUUCUUUUGUUCUAUUGGAUUUUUAUUAUUUUCUUGAUUUUAGAAUCAUUUUUCUAGGGCUAACAAA